AUGACAUUCUGCCAACAGGAGGCUAUGUGGUUGAUUUCAGGAACAUGGUUUGUCACGGGUAUGUGGUUGUUUCAGGUGAUUCUGCCAACAGGAGGCUAUGUGACAGUGAGGAAGAGCGAUUUUAAACGUGGAAAAUACCUCGAUGUUUGGUUCCGAGCAUCCGCCGUGGACUUCGAGCAGACCGAGGGACUGUGUGGCUUCUUUGAUGCAGACAGGUCUAACGACUUGAUCACGUCGACAGGAACGUUUUACGAGGGACGAGAAAAGAGACCAGUGGAAUUUUCUAAGAGCUGGAGAGUGGAAAAGGCCAAGUCCAUCUACUCGGGUACAUGUUCAAAUGCUGCUGAUCAGGCCGUCACGGAAUCUCCGGUGUUCUGCAACUGUCUGGAGGGAGAGACGGCCGUCUGUGAUUCAAAUAUCAUCCAGACAUCGUGUGCCCAGGCCAGCCGAAAGGGAAAAAAGAAAGGAAAGGAUAUAACUGAUGAACUGUUGGGCUCUGUGAACACCGAGAAGCCACCGAAAAAAUGCUUAACACAGCAAACCCUGACCGAGUUUGAAUUCAACAUAGACUAUGUGUCACCACAUGUGGAAUAUAACAUAACGUAUAUUGAGGCAGUGAAACAAUGCAAGUUGCGGAUUGAGGCAUCAGCCUCGGGUAGACUGUGUAAAGACGUGAUCAGUGCCAGCUUCUCGGCCAGCCUCGAUAUCUGUGUUGAAGACGUUCAGAUCAUGGGUUCAUUUGAUUGGACUGCGUCAGCAUUGUCUGAUGUGGUAGAACGAUGCCUGACUGCGCUGGAGUUCAACACGGACCUCUGGAAAACCAUCAUGGUGGACGGAGUUGAGGUCUUGCAGCCUCCACCUGACAUCAUCGAUGCCAUCUGCCCCGCCGACUGCAGUGAACACGGGUCGUGUGAAAUAGGUGGGUGUAAUUGUACUGCCAACUACACUGGCGAUGACUGUUCUGUUGAUCUGAAGAAGAAACCCGUGCUGUACGAAUUGACAAAACCCAGGCUGUGUGAUGUCCGCCAGGCUGCCUGUCUUCAGGUUUCUAUAUACGGACAAGGUUUCGCACAAACAACUCAACUCAAGUGCAUAACAGAACAACUGGAGACAUCACAGACGGAGUAUAAAACAACGGGCAAUGUGACUGAAGUAACAGCAACAUAUGUCAGUGAAGAACAGGUGAUUUGCACUCUGAAAUCUACAGGAGCUUUCCAGAUCUCUGUUAAGGUUUCCAGUGCAGCAAGCGAUUCCAUCUUGUAUGUAGCCUUCGAUUCAAUGUGUGACACCUGUACCACCACUGGCUGCCAGAAACAGUCCGGUGUCUGUAUUAUCGACAGCAAGUGUUACGGUGAUGGAUUUGUAAAUCCUGCCAGUUUCAUUGAACGUUGUGACAAUGGAAAAACAUUUUGGGUUACUAUUACCAACACAGACAUAAUUGUCAAGGAGUACAUCUUCCUGCAGAUCAUUACCGCCAAACUCAUAACCGCCAGCUUCAAUUUCACAUUAUUCGGAGUCACAGAACUCGUGCUAGGAAAGGACGGUGGGAAAACGGCCGUUUUACUGGAUGGUGUCUCGCAGUACAUCGAUUACUCAGGGUCUGCUAGCGGAUGUCUGUGGACACCGACGGAUUGUAAGCUGGGUCUGACUGUGUCCUUCAACCUGAAGCUGAUCACCAUCAAGGAGACUGUGUAUAUUAUCAGCAGUGGAGCAGAUCAGGUCAAUGGGUAUGGGGUGUCCAUGUACAUCAAGAACAGUCGCUUUUACUGCAGGGUGAGCACCGCGACGCAGGAGUGGACGGUGUACACGUCCUCGUACAAACUGAACGUCUUCAUCACGGUGGAGUUCUCCUGGAGCCUGCAGUACGGACUGACGCUCUAUUUUGACGGGGUCCUCGUCGCACAGACAAAAACAUUCAUCUCAAGAUCGGUUACAACUCGUGCCUAUACCAAAUUUUAUAUUGGCAAGUCAAUAAUAUCGAACAUUUUUGCGAACAUUGUCAUUGAAGGAUGGACGGUGAAGAAUGCCAUCAAGAAAACUGCUGAUGGCGUUCUUACUACAUCAAGCACUGUGGGCAGCACCACUGAAUCAAUAGAGUCGACGACAGAGGGAACAACUGGUACCACAGAAAGUACAGCCAUCACUGAAAGUACAGCCAUCACAGAAAGUACAGCCACCACAGAAAGUACAGCCACCACUGAAAGUACAGCCACCACUGAAAGUACAGCCACCACAGAAAGUACAGCCACCACUGAAAGUACAGCCACCACUGAAAGUACAGCCACCACUGAAAGUACAGCCACCACUGAAAGUACAGCCACCACUGUAAGUACAGCCACCACUGAAAGUACAGCCACCACUGUAAGUACAGCCACCACUGAAAGUACAGCCACCACUGAAAGUACAGCCACCCCAGAAAGUACAGCCACCACUGAAAGUACAGCCACCACUGAAAGUACAGCCACCACUGAAAGUACAGCCACCCCAGAAAGUACAGCCACCACUGAAAGUACAGCCACCACUGAAAGUACAGCCACCCCAGAAAGUACAGCCACCACUGAAAGUACAGCCACCACUGAAAGUACAGCCACCACAGAAAGUACAGCUACAUCAGUUGAAAGUACCACUACAACAGAAAGUACUGCCACCACAGAAAGUACCGCUACAACAGAAAGUACUGCCACUACAGACAGUACCGCUACAACAGAAAGUACUGCUACAACAGAAAGUACCGCUACAACAGAAAGUACUGCCACCACAGAAAGUAUCGCUACAACAGAAAGUACUGCUACAACAGAAAGUACUGUCACCACAGAAAGUACCACAGGUACCACCUCAGAGAGUACUGCUGCAAGCACAGUGGAGACAACAACACAAGCUUGUUUUGGUGGAGCUGAUGAAUACCCCAAGAUGCCUACUGCACCGUCACUGAUGUACACCGUGGAAACAAACACAGUGGUGCUAGACUGCUCCAUAUCGCGGGUAGAAAACGAAACAGAUGCAGAGUACAGUGUGACAUGGAUUAUUGACACGACAGUCAUUAAGACGAAUGCACUUACAACAACGUCCGUGGCAACCCUGUUCAGUUCAAGUCUCUCCACUGCUCAGCGAGAUGACGCUCUCACUAAAGGGAUUUACUGCCAGGCUACAGCGAGGAAUCCAAAGAGGUGUGGAAAUAAAGUCAGUCCACCACAGUCAAGUGACGUGUUCAGUUUGUCGCUGCAGAUUCAGAGUCCCUCGUUCCUGGUGAUGUACGAAGGAGAGACUAUUCUCAAAGUGGACAUCACUAUGAAGAUCAGUCCAGCAUUCUACUGCAUGAUGAAGUACGGUCAGCCCUGCUCAGUGUUUUUUGAGGCGUUUGCUAAGCCGGAAAUGUCACCACUCAAGUGUACAAACAAUGUGGUAAAGAACCCUGUGGUUGUCCGCUACAUGGGCGUGUCAGUGGACGAGGCGAUCUGCGGGGCACACAUGUCGUCCAUGAGCCAGACGCUGAACAUCAACACCGUGUCUGACCGCCAGGUGACUGCCAACAGAACCGUCAAUGUCAACAUACAGCAGAGAGACGAACUGUCAGACAAGACUCAAGUUAAAGUCACUAACAAAAUCAUAACGUUGACGAUCGUCAGUCGUGAUGAGAAGAACACAGUCUGCCGGUCGUCGGGAGACCCUCACAUGGUCACAUUUGACGGACUUAAAUACGAAAACAUGUGGACAGGAGAAUUUAUUCUUUACCAACACACUGAAAUGGAUGUUGAGGUUCGAGGGUAUACUAAACGGAUAGUUAGAGGAUCCGGUAACUGUGGCUUGACUGUGAGGUCGGGCAAUGAUGUGAUCCGCUUCAACAAGUGUUCAAUGAGAGGCUUGGGACGUUUUCUAAAUCCACUCAUUCCAGAACAUUUCUUCAAGAAUGACUUAACACCAUCAACCAAGAUUUACCAAGAACUCAAUGGGCAAAUUUACCACGUAUUGCUGCCAACUGGUACCAAAGUCACUGUGAAGAACACCGUUCGAGGUUUUAUCAAUAUUUGGAUUGAGCCAUCAGGAAGGGAUUUCGGAAAAACAAGAGGUCUCUGUGGCGUUUACAAUAAUAAAGUUUCUGAUGACUUGAUGUUGAAAAAUGGAUCUACUGUUCCUAAAACUACAAAUAUAAGAUUCCAACCCAGUACAUUUAUCAAGUCAUGGAGAGUGACAUCUCGCAGUGACAGUCAGUACUCGGGAUACAGAGGAACCAGCGACAUCUCGCCUCAGAUCUUCUGUCAGUGUUACACCGGAUCCAAGCUGCCUAAGAUCUGCAGUUUCUUUGCUGACAUUGAUCCCUGUUCAAUCGCUGUUUAUGGUGAUGCUGUAGAUAUCACAGACAGACUGGUAGACGAUUAUAGGAAGAGUCAGCAACAAGUCGUGGGUCGCAGUAAGAGAGAAACAAAUGAUGUAUUUGAGUUUGAUGACAUCAAUCAGAUGGAUAACGCAAAAUGGCCUACAAACAGUGGUUUGACAGAAGCCAAUGCCACAGAUCUGUGCACGACAAAAGUAAGAUCGUCACAAGGCUAUGAUUCUUGUAGGAGUUUUGUUGCUGACAACUUCACAGAUGAGAUUGAUAAUUGUGUCACUGACAUCCUGUUGACGGACGACAUUGCCUGGGCCAAGUCUGCUCUUGCCGAUGUUCAGCAGCGAUGUUUGUCUGUGGCCGUGCGAAACACAGACAAUUGGAAAAAGCCAGCUGAUUCUAAGGAUCCACCGACGUUACCAGGCGUCAUCAAACUGCUGUGUUCAGAGGACUGCAGUGGUCAUGGAACAUGUGACCAAGGAACAUGUACCUGUAACGCUGGUUACAUUGGCUCUGACUGCUCUCUCCCGUCAUCAACGAAGCCGACCCUGCUAGAUGAAGAGAACCGCAUCACUUGUCAGGUGGAUACUCAAUUCUGCAACAGCACCAUCAUCAAGGGAGCUAACUUCUUCAACAGUUCUAAACUAACUUGUCAUCUUCAGCAAAUUCAGGUAUCAGCAAGUGGAUACACAUCUGAAGGCAAGCAGGAGACAGUGCCCGCAGUGUAUCGCAGUCUUUAUGAAGUCAGGUGUCCGCUGCGCCUGCAAAACGUUCAGAGUUUCUCCAUUUCUGUCAGUAAUGACGGAAGUUCAAAGAGCAGUGAACAAGCCUUCUUUCUAGCGUAUCACUCCGUGUGUCUGCAGUGUUCCUUCAAUGGCAGUCAGCCUUUAUGUCCAAUCACGGAUUCGUCCUGUCUGAUAGAGGGACAGUGCUACACUGCAGACAGCAACAACAUCGACGAUGCCUGUCUUCUUUGUGACCCGGCGCAGUCAGCCACGUCGUGGACUACAAGUAGCAAAGCUGAGUGUAAGCGUACGACUGUGACUCCGCCGCGGAACCCGGAGCUGGUUGAGUACAACACCCGUGUGGCUGUGAUCGUCUCCGCCUGUGUGGCCGGCGUCCUGCUGCUCGUCGUCUUUGCAGUCGUCGCGUUCAUCGCCAGAAGGCGACACAACAAACACAAAGCCCGGCUGAACGCAUACGAGGAGCCGCAGCCUCCCUACGAGAGAACGUACGACGGAUCGUUCGGCCUCCGCACUGACAAAAACCUCAUGUUUUACAACCCAGCUCUAGAAAGGCCAGAGUACUACGAUGCAACUCUAUAAACACUGAAUAAAUCUGAAUUACCAGUGUAACUCUACAAACACUGAAUAAACCUGAAUUAUCCGUGCAUCUCUAUAAACACAGAAUAACCUGACUUAUCAGUGCAUCUCUAUAAACACAGAAUUAACCUGAAUUAUUAGUGUAUCUCUAUAAACACAGAAUAAAUAUGAACUGUUGGGGCAACUCUAUAAACACAGAAAAACCUGAAUUAUCAGUGAAACAUAAAACCACAUCAUACCCACUUAUAAUAAUGACAUUCAACCACACAUUUUAUAUUUGUGUAUUCCCAUAUUUAAGACUAAAUAUUUGUGUUAUGUAAAUAUAUUAUAUAAAGAUGUUUUUACAUUGCCGACAUAUCCGUUCUAUUUUCGUUGACACUGUUAUACAUGUUCAGUUAUGAUAUUUAAUUUGUGUAUGUUUAUUACUGUCAAAUUAACAAUGUGCAUGUUUAUUACUGUCAAAUUAACAAUGUGCAUGUUUAUUACUGUCAAAUUAACAAUGUGCAUGUUUAUUACUGUCAAAUUAACAAUGUGUAUGUUUAUUACUGUCAAAUUAACAAUGUGCAUGAAGAGCAUCUCUUACCUAUUGGUUGUUGACAUUUUCGAAGAUUGUGGAUCAUUUAGGAGAUGUAUUGACUGGUUAAACUCAUCUUUCAAUCGGUUUUAUUAUUUGAGCAAGAAGCGUAAUGUGUUGUUUGAAUGUUUUAUAUAAAAUAUGUCAACAAAAAUAAAAAAAUUUUCAUGUUAAUAUUAACGCUCACAAAUGAAAUGAAAUAAAAAAAUUAUCUUGUAAUAUGCAAAGUGAUACUCAAACAAUCAAAUUUUAAUAAUAUUUUUCCUUUGUUCCUGGAAUAAGAUCAGGUUGGACUUCCAGCAAUGUUAUUUUUGUUAUCAACGUGAUAUAUAUGUAUUGUUAAUCAGAAUAUAGUUUACGUAUGUUUCUUAUAUUUUCUUAUGAGCCAUUUACAGUGCAUGUUUGAUAAUCACAGUCUAUUAGUGCUUUUUGUUAGUUUUAUAAUUACUAUUUUUUCAACAAGAAAUUGUUUUUCUUUAAUCUUUUAUUUUUUAGUAAUAAAUACUUAUUUUCA